CCGCCCCCUCGACUCCCCGGCAGCUCUGCGGGAGGACGCCGGGCGCAGGAGGCAGAGUUGAGCAGAGCGAGCGCCGCACACCCCGCCGUGUCCCGGUACCCGUCCUGCCCGCCGCACAAGCAGCGCAGCCUCUCGCCGAUUGUAUGGUCCAGGCCUCGAUGAGGAGCCCAAACAUGGAGACGUUCAAGCAGCAGAAGGUGGAGGAUUUUUAUGACAUUGGAGAGGAGCUGGGGAGCGGCCAGUUUGCCAUCGUGAAGAAGUGCCGGGAGAAGACCACAGGGCUGGAGUAUGCGGCCAAGUUCAUCAAGAAGAGGCAGAGCCGGGCCAGCCGUCGGGGCGUGUGCCGGGAGGAAAUCGAGAGGGAGGUGAGCAUCCUGCGGCAGGUGCUGCACCCCAACAUCAUCACGCUGCACGACGUCUAUGAGAACCGCACCGACGUGGUGCUCAUCCUCGAGCUAGUGUCCGGAGGAGAACUGUUCGAUUUCCUGGCCCAGAAGGAGUCGUUGAGCGAGGAGGAGGCCACCAGCUUCAUUAAGCAGAUUCUGGAUGGGGUGAACUACCUUCACACGAAGAAAAUUGCCCACUUUGAUCUCAAGCCAGAAAACAUUAUGUUGUUAGACAAGACAAUCCCCAUUCCACACAUCAAACUGAUUGACUUUGGCCUGGCUCAUGAGAUAGAAGAUGGAGUUGAAUUUAAAAACAUUUUCGGAACACCGGAAUUUGUUGCUCCAGAAAUCGUGAACUAUGAGCCCCUGGGACUGGAGGCCGACAUGUGGAGCAUCGGUGUCAUCACCUACAUCCUACUAAGUGGAGCAUCCCCCUUCCUGGGAGACACGAAGCAAGAAACACUGGCAAACAUCACAGCUGUGAGUUAUGACUUUGAUGAGGAAUUCUUCAGCCAGACAAGUGAACUGGCCAAGGACUUCAUUCGGAAGCUUCUUGUGAAGGAGACGCGGAAACGGCUUACCAUCCAAGAGGCUCUCAGACAUCCCUGGAUCAUGUCAAAAGGAGAAGCCAGAGCCCCUGAACAGUGGAAGACACAACCUGCCCAGCUGAAGACCAAACGCCUGAGAGAGUACACCCUCAAAUGCCACUCAAGCAUGCCCCCCAACAACACUUAUGUCAACUUCGAGCGCUUUGCCUGUGUGGUAGAGGAUGUGGCUCAGGUGGAUAAGGGAUGCCUGGCCCUAGCAGCAGCCCAUGACACCCUGCAGGAUGAUGUGGAGGCCUUGCUGGCUAUCUACAACGAGAAGGAUGCCUGGUACCGAGAGGAGAACGAGAAGGCCCGCCAUAACCUGUCCCAGCUCAAGUAUGAGUUCCGCAAGGUGAAGUCCCUGAAGAAGCUCCUGAGAGAGGACAUCCGGAGCACAGGGGCCGGCCUUGGAGGUGUGGCCAGGAAGCUAGACCAUCUGCAGGGGCAGUUUGAGGCUUUGAGGCAGCAGCUCUCAGCAGACAUCCAGUGGAUGCAGGAGCUGCUGGGCAGUGUUCAGCUGGAGAGCGGGAACACGGAUGGCUACGGUGUGGGCUCCAUGUUCCACCAGAACACCAGUGAGUCCCUGUCGGAGCUGCUCAACAGAUCACACGUGGAGGACAUCCUGGGCGGCCUGAAGCUCUGAGCACGAGUCUAGUCACAGUGCAUUCCCAGGGCUUUGCAGAAGCAUGCUGUCUUCCACUCUGCUGGGGUAUCCCACCGGAUUUAUCCCGCAGAGUGUGUGUGUUCAGCCCUUCUACUCCCUCUAGAGCUCCUCAGCCACUGGGGUGCUAGUUAGUGGCUUACUCUGCACCCCCCUCACCAGCCUGACGACAAAGCAGCUGAGCCAUGGAAAUAAUUAGAAAAUG